AUGGGCUUCUGCAACUGGGCGACAGUCAUUGCCAAUUUGCUGGUACCCGUGGGCAUACUCACCUUCUCUUCAGGAUUCUUCCCCUAUAAACCGUUGAUUCCUGGAUUAGCGACUUUUGAUGAAACAGGCGAGAAUGUCACAGUACCUGCCGUCUUUGAUAAAGUUAUCUUCAUGGUGGUCGAUGCGCUAAGGAGCGACUUUGUAUAUUCGAAUGACUCGGGUUUCUUAUUUACACAGAGCUUGAUCCGGUCCGGUGCUGCAUUGCCAUUCACUGCCUAUGCGAGCGCUCCGACUGUUACAAUGCCUCGGUUAAAAGCCAUCACAACUGGUUCGGUUCCAUCUUUUCUGGAUGUUAUUCUCAACAUCGCGGAAUCGGAUACCACAUCAACCCUGGCAUACCAAGACACCUGGUUAGCUCAAUUAAAAGCCAUAGGAGGACGGCUUGUGAUGUAUGGAGACGACACCUGGCUCAAGCUCUUUCCGGGGAUGUUUGACCGAGCUGAUGGAACUACAAGCUUCUUCGUGUCGGACUUCACGGAAGUAGAUCAUAAUGUGACUCGACACGUUCCUAACGAGCUUGCCCAGGAUGAUUGGUCUGCUUUGAUCAUGCAUUACCUGGGUCUGGAUCACAUAGGACAUAAGGCGGGCCCGAAGAGUCCCUUCAUGUUACCGAAACAGCAUGAGAUGGACUCUGUGGUGACUGAGAUCUAUACCGCAAUGCAGCAACAAGGCCAUCUUCAAUCCACACUUUUCGUGUUGUGCGGAGAUCAUGGCAUGAACGAGGCCGGAAACCACGGCGGGUCCUCUGCCGGGGAAACAUAUCCCGCGUUGCUUUUCAUGUCACCCAAGUUUGAAGCCUUGGGCCGAAGAGAAAGCCCUGUCGAACCGUCAGGCGAUAUGCAGUACUACCAGACGGUUGAGCAAGCGGACAUUGCUCCAACCUUGGCGGGGCUUCUUGGUAUCCCAAUUCCUUUAAACAGUCUUGGCGUAUUCAUCCCAGACUUUUUAGAAAUGUGGGAUAAUGGUUCUCAUAAGCUUCGAAUAUUACGUCAAAACGCCGAGCAGCUACUGAACACAUUGACAACUACAUUCCCUGGAUUUACGUUUGAUUCCGAUAUCAGUACAUCAUGUGCUUCGGGAGCCCCAUCCGGUAUUGAGGGAGCUCAAUGUGCUUGGGCUCGAGUCCGGCGACUUAUCUCUGAUAGGGAUGAAGCAGAUGAUUCUUACUCUACAGCUGGCCCCGCUGUAUUGCACUUCUUACGAAUUGCACAGGAGGUCAUGAGCCGUACCGCGAGUAACUACGAUGUCUCCAGACUCAUUCUGGGCCUGUUGAUCACGGGGGUUGCAGGCCUACUUGUACUUCCGGCCACAUACAAGGAAUGUACACGUCACGGAUCUUCCGGUUUGUUUUUGAUGCUCAUGAUCGUCACCUGUGGGAUGAUGAUGUUCGCGAGUAGUUAUGUGGAAGAAGAGCAACAGUUCUGGUAUUGGAUCUGCUCGGGAUGGAUUGUCUACCUGCAUAUUAAGUCAGAGUCAUCUGCAAAACCGGUCUCACACAAACGCUUUGGAUCAUUACUAUAUUGGUCUGGCAAAUGCAUUAUUCUUGUGCUUGCAACCACCCAGAGGCUCUUGCGACGAUGGAAUCAGACUGGACAGAAAUUCGCGGCCGAGCCUGAUAUUGCUCGCACCUUCUUUGCACGCCACCCAGAAAUCUUCUGGGGUCUUCUCAUCCUCACGUAUGUGGAUGCCGGUUGUCAUCUCCUCAUGAGUAUACCAAUCUCUGGAAUACUGAAGUUCGGUGCCUUGGCCCCUGCCGUGUUGGCCUUUACGUUCAAAUUGCACUUUCGCUCUUUGGGAAACGAUCAAGAGUUCCCCGAGUCCCGUGCCACUAAUGUCCCCCUGUUCCUGAUUUUCCGAAUCCAGGCCGGCAUUCUCUCUUCCAUGAACCUCACAGGGAUCGAAGUGACAAUCACAACCUUGAUCUUCCAAUAUAUGACGUUCUUCGCGUUUGGUGGCUCCAAUGCAAUCUCCUCUGUGGACCUUGCUAGUGGAUAUAACGGUGUCGGCAGCUACAGCGUGGUACUAGUGGGGGUUCUCACCUUCGCGAGCAACUGGGCAGGACCUAUCUGGUGGGCUUCCGAAAGCCAUCGUCUCCGGCCGAAGAAUCCUGCAGGACAGAACCCCUCGGCACUGUUGACCUUCCAUGUUUCCAUGUCUCUGGUCUCUGUCAUGGCCGCCUGUACAGCCCUCCGGACGCAUCUUUUCAUCUGGACCGUUUUCUCCCCCAAAUAUCUUUACAGUAUGGCGUGGGCUACUGCUAAUCAUGUUGCUGUCAAUUUACUGGGCGAGGCAAUUUUCUCUCGGUCUCGAUCUCGAUAUCAUUAUUCAUGA